GAGUUGCUCUUAGCGGGGAUGCUCUGAGCCCUCGCCUUUCUUUUUCUUUUCGGGUUGUCGAGAAUAAACACGAGCACGAGCGUAACAACUCCUACAAGAAUUACCCUCUCCUGUAAUUAAAAAGACAGAAAAAUCUUUGAAAAACGCCAAGUACAGUGCAAAACAAUAGAUUUGAAUACUUGGUGCGUGUUGCUGACAAAGGAAGGGGGGUUUACACAAUUACACUUUGCAGGGUUUAGCAAUUUGGUACAUGUGAACGAAAUACACACACUUCUGCAUAUAUGCGUCUCUCAACUUUGGGGCGUAUGGAACUAGCCUUGUUGUUGAUCUGAAUUUCGAUCCGAACAGGCAUGGCGCAGGACGCGGUUGUGCGGCAUGUGCCUCUUAAUCCUUGCUGUGAAUUGUUACAAAAGAAAGAGUACAAGUUGUCGCAGAAACUUGCCAAGUCGGAAGAGGGUCGCAAUUUUCUCAAGAAGGCUAUAGAGAUUCUCCAGGAUAAAAUCGCCAAUUUUGAAGCUGAAAAUGUCAAGCUGAAGGAAGAACUAGAGCUGGCAAGUACAAAACCAAAAGAUGAUGGAGAGAAGAUAAUCGAAGAAUCAGCUAGCCGAGAUACUUUGGAGAAUGAAAUAUCUGUAUUGAGGUCUGAGAUAUCCUGUUUGAAGCAAAAGGGAUGUUCAGGAUCUAAAGACAUGGAUGAGCAAGUUGCAGGUCUUCAGACACGCGUCUCUGAAAGGGAAGAGGAGAUAUCUAUUCUCAAGGAACACCUUGAGAAGGAGAGAACGAGAGCUGAGAAUGAGAAGAAGAGGGCUGAGAGGGAAUUGAAGAUAGCAAAUGAAGCACUGCAAUCAGCCAAGGCAGAUAAGGCCAGGGCUGAAAAACUUCAGGCAGACAAUGAAAGAGAGCUGAAAAUGAAUGAAUCCACUAUUCGAAGUUCUUUGGAGAAUGAGAUUUCCUCACUAAAAUCUGAGAUAGCAGUGUUGCAGCAACAAACUGUCUCAGGCUCUCAAAAUGCAAACAAAGAAGCAGCUCUUCUUCAAGAAAGUGUCUCUGAACAUAAAGCAGAAAUACAUCGGCUCAAAGAACUUCUUCAGAUUGAAAAAAAUUGUGCAGAUUUUGAGAAAAAGAAAGCUGAGGAAAUGAGGAAGAAACUUGAUGAUGAAAAAUGUCGGGCAGAAAAAGUGAUUUCUGAGAGUAAAACAGAUUUGAGAGUAGAAGAAUCAGCUGUCCGAGUUUCUUUAGAAGAUGAAAUCUCUUCACUGAAGUCACAGAUAACACCUCUGCAGAAACAGACUGUUUUGGGAACUCAGGAUGUAAACAAGGAUAUGGUUCUUCUUCAAGACUGCAUUUCCGAUAAGGAUAAAGAAGUUAACAGGCUCCAGGAGCUUCUUCAGAUAGAGAAACAUAGAGCAGAUUCCGAAAAAAAUAAAGCUGAAGAGGAAAGGAAGAAAGUUGAUGAGAAGAAGGUUUGGGCAGAAACAAUGAUUGCUGAGAAAGAAAGUGAGAUAAUAUUGAAAGAAUCAGCUGUACGACUUCCUCUAGAGAUUGAAAUUUCUUCCCUGAAAUCUCAGCUAGAGCUAUUGCAGCAACAAAUUGUCUCACAAGCUCAAGAUGUGAGCAAGAACUCGGGAGCUCAAGAUGUGAACAAGGAAACAGAAAGGCUUAUAUCUGAUAAGGAAACAGAGAUAAGUCAGCUCAAGAAGCUUUUGCAGAAAGAGAAAAAAAGAGCAGAUUCUGAGAAGAAAAAUGCCGAGACUGAGAAAUGUAGGGCUCAAAAAGUGCUUGCAGAUAGGGAGAGAGAUUUGAAAGAAAAAGAGCAGGCUGUUCGGCUUUCUCUGGGUAUUGAAAUCUCUGCUCUAGAGUCUCAAAUACAUUUGUUGCAGAAAGAAAUUGCAGUUCGAGAUGAAAAGAAGGAAGUAAAUCUUUAUCAAUCACUUGUCUCUAAAAAGGAGGCUGAAAUUAAUAAGCUCAAGAAACUUGUUGAGAAAGAGAGAAAGAGAGCAGAAUGUGAGAAGAAAAAAUCCGAGGCAGGAAAGAAGAAAGUCAAUGAAUUCCAGAAGAUUGCGGACACAGAAAAAACUAGGGCUGAUGAAGAAAAGAGGCUUGCGGAUAUUGAAAGAAAAAAUGUUGAGGAGGCUAGACUGCAGUUGGAGAUUUCAAGGGCUGAAAUUCACGAUUUAAGAGCAAAUUUGAAGUCGGAGUCAUUGAAAGUUUUACAGGCAAAUGAUAAUCUUGAGAUAGAAAAACAAAAGGUGGUCAAAGAAAGACAACGGGCAGAUAUGGAGAUGGCUAAAGCUGAAGAGCAAAGUAAAACUUUAGAAACCACGAGGAGGGAGAUUGUAGAGGAACGUACUCGUGCUGAUUGUUUAUCUCUGCAGUUGGAAGAAGAUAGGGGAAGGCUUACUAAAUUACGGGAAGAAAUAGGUGAACAAGUGUCCUCCCAAGAUACAGGGAAGGAUGCUGGCGACCUUUCUGUUGAUAUAACUAGCAUAAAGCUUCUGAAAAAAACAUUAGAGCUUGAAAGAAUGCAAGCAAAGCAUGCAAAAGAAGUUGCUAGUUUCGAAAAGGAUCGUAAUAUUUUACUACAACAGGAAAUUCGUCGAAUAAAGGAGGCGUUUUCCGGUAUUGUUGAUCAUCUGGACAUACUAGAUAAGUGUUCCUCACACCGGGAUGUAGGUAUAAAUGACCUUGAAAAGAAUUCCAAUGUUUCAAGGAGUCGAGGUUUAAAAAGAAAAUUCAUGGAUGAAGAAUUAUGUCAGGUACAACACCAUAAUGGAAAUGAACUUAUGAAGUCUAGUUCACCCUUGGAUGCUUAUGUUACCCACAAGCAUCACAAGCAAUGUAGUGCACCUUUACUUUCAUCUAAAGACUGUACUGAACCCCUAUCAGGUAUUGGCUCUAAAGCGAUGCCUCUGCUUGGAGGUACCAAACAAGCAUUGUUAAGAACGGCAAAUUCCAAUAUGGCAUCUUUUUCUGAUAAAGCGUUACUGGGAUCACAGGAAGGAUGGGCCUUAUCUGUUGGUGAAUCAGAUAAGUUGGCAGAGGGGGGAAUAAACAUGCAACUUACUGUCCCAGGGUCGUCUAAUAAUAUGAGCAAGCCUAUGCACAAUAAAAUAUUUGCGCCGUUGGAUGAGAAUAGCGUUAGAUGUCCUCUUAGAAUCAAUGCUGUUGUGGAUGAGGUUGAACUUGAUAGAGAUAGAAAUAGGAGUCUCGAUGCUGUUGAAUCGUUUGAAUAUAUGUAUUAUGAGGGUAAGAAGUGGUGUCGACAAAUAACCGAAAACGUAUCUGUGCAGCAGGAUAUGCUGGAAUGUAGCGUAGAAGGCGUGCCAUCUAAUAUAAAUUACGCUAAUCAAGAAAGGGAACAUUCAGUUUUUGUAAAAGAAAUAGCCAUGUCCAACAAUUUGAAGACAUAUUCGCACCCCACUGAUUCUCGAUCAAUGUGUGAUGCAACAGGGACGACUCAUGCAUGCAAUGAAGAAACUGGGGAUGCUAGCAGGAAUUAUUUGUGUAGUAUUGAUGAAGUGGAAGAUGGUGACUAUCUUAAAUUGCUUUCCUUAGAUAAUCCUCUCGAUGAAGAAACUUAUCGCAUGGCGAGGGAGAGGCCCUUGUCGCCAACUCUUCCUGAGAUAGGCUCUUUAAGUGUGGGAGCACAUGAAACAGAUGACAAUGACUCCAUUAAUGCUGCAUCACCACAUAAUGAUACCAUGGUGCCAUUUUGCAGUGCUGAUGAGGAGAUUGAUUCAAGUAAAUUAAAUGCCUAUACCUCCGGGACUUGCCAUGUUCUGCCAUUUCCAGAGAAGGUUGGUGUCACUGGUUUGAAUGUGACUUCGGAAAAUAAUGACACGUUUCUUACAAGUGAUCCAGGCAAUUUAGGCCAGUCAUUUUGUGGUCAUAAAGGGCUCAAUGCUGCAAGUGGAAGUAAACCUAAGCCUGCUUGCAGUCCUUGCUAUAUUGUUAUAUUUUCAGAUAUCACCAGUAAUAACAGCAUUUCUAAGAUAUCAUCUGCCACAAGAACGUGUCUGGCCCAGUGCUCUAUGCUGCCUCAAACAGAUCAUGUGGUUCAGGUGAUGUCUACUCUUUUGAAGGUUGAAGGUCUUCUAUCCAGGGAAAUGGUAUGCGUGUUCUUUUCAAUGUUAUUGCGAAGCAUUCCUGAGUGUGCAUUGGAAGACUUCAAGAACCUCGCUGAUGGGAGCUUGGUCCGCUCCUUUGAAAUAUUUGCUCAGAAAGUGCACUCAGUGAUGGAUGAUUUAGAGACAAAAAGUGUUGAUGAAUUAUUGAACUUGGACGAGCUUCUUAGCCUCAUUGAAGAUUUUCUAAUUCAUAGAAGAGUUGUACAUUGUGAUGUAUUGUCUGAGUCGUUGGCUGUAAAUGAUCCUAAACUUGACAAUAAUGCAAGUGGAAGGAAUAUGCUAUCCUUUCAAGCUGCUUCAGAUCAACAGUUGAUUAGUGCAUCCUUAGUACUAGCUUCUAUAUGUUUAGCAUUUGAUCAUAUUGGUGUUGUAUGUGAGACCUCAUACAACAUGUUGAAAAUGCGAAGAAUUGACUCAUCGACACUCGCUAUUCUUCAUGUUUUUGCAUAUAUCUCUGGAGACAAGUACUUCAACAAUUGUGACUACAGCUUAUCCAUGACAGUAGUAAAAUCUUUAGUUAAUUUUUUAGAGAGGGAAAUGUCAUCGAUUAGCGCGCCACAAGUUGGGUUUCCUCGGUGCAAAAAUUGCCCAUAUUCUGGGAAUGCAAUUCCCAUGGAUAUAGUAGUUUCACUGCUCAUAAAAAAACUUCAUAGCUAUGUCUUAUCGAAUGUCUCAUAUGAAGAUCUGAGGGAAGCAACUGUUUACAUGAAUUAUGAAGCUCCGAUUGGCAGUGAAAACAGAGAACCAAGUUCAGGUGAUGGAGAAAACCCGCAAGUCCAAUGUCAUAAGUUUGAUGUCCCCUGUUCCCAGAAAACAAGAAUGUCUACUUCCUGCAGGACCCUGUUAUAUUUGGGCGAUGUCCUGUCAUUACUUGAGCUGGUAGCAUCUAUCAUGAACUGGAGUUGGUCGUUCACAAAUAUUGUUCGGAAACUUCUGGAGAUACUUGAUUCCUGUGGCAUUGAGAAGCUUGUGCCUGCUAUCGUUGUUCUACUGGGCCAGUUGGGGAGGUUUGGUGUUGAUGCAAGUGGGUAUGAUGAUGGUGGAGUUGAAACCCUUCGAGGUCGAUUGUCUUCAUUCCUGCACCAAAAGGCCUCGGCUGUGACAGGAUUACCAUUUCAAAUAGCAACUGUGACUGCUUUACUUGGACUUGUUCCCAUCAGGUUUGAAGAACUUUUUAAGAGUAAUAGCGGGCUUUCGGAAGUAGUUAAAGAUCCUGGUCCUGCUGAUUGUAUAAGGAACUGGUUUUCUUCACUGAGCAAGGAACAGCAGUCCUUAUCAAUCAGACUUUUGCUUAAUAAUGUAGCUAGUUUGAGAAUGGAUUGUGCUCUGCUACAAGCGUAAAUUUUGCAAAGCUAAAGUUGUUUGUUUUUGUACACCUGGUUUAAUUACUCAUAUGUUGUGCCUCUGUAUGUGUUGGGAAUUUAGUUUUUGUUGCCUCUUUGAUUUGCAGUAUUAUAGAAAUCAUGUAGUUAGGAUCAAGGAGAAAGAAAUUUUAAUUUUCCUUUGCCUA